UACCGAAAGAAAUGAGAGGUCCUUCCUGGAACCUAUUGGCCCCAAAAGAGAGCAGCGUUUGCUUCCCUAUAUGAUCACCAUUGGAGACGGCAUCCAUAACUUUGCUGACGGUCUGGCAAUCGGCGCAGCGUUCUCCAUCUCGUGGCGGUCCGGUCUGGCCACAUCUCUGGCUGUGCUCUGCCACGAGCUGCCGCAUGAGUUAGGUGAUUUUGCGAUCCUGUUGCACUGUGGUUUGUCGGUCAAGCGGGCUCUGCUGCUGAACGUGGGCAGCUCUCUCACCUCCUUCGUCGGUCUGUACAUCGCGCUGUCCGUCUCCACAGAAACGCUUGCUAUGGAGUGGAUUUCAGCUGUCACCGCCGGCCUCUUUCUCUACGUUGGUCUGGCAGACAUGCUUCCUUCCCUGAUUCACGUGGACACUAAAAGACCUUGGCUGAUAUUUUUCCUGCAGAAUCUGGGACUUCUGAGCGGUUGGGGCAUUUUGCUGCUCUUGUCCUUGUAUGAAGACCAAAUAGGGCUGUGAAUAGGGGGCAUUUGUUUUUAUUUGUGCCUUGUUCUUAUAUAUCUGUCUGUGUAGCUGCUGGAACAUAAGAAAUAUGUGCAAUCAGAGCAGCCCUAUGCAUUUUCAUAUGGAAAGUUUUUAGUGUUUUUAAAUUACACUUAUAUGGAAAAGCCUGCAGUUUAAAAUCAACUUUGUGCACCUUAAAGCAAAGAAAACUUUUGCACAUUUUCUACAAAUUGCACAUUCUUUCUAAUUCAUCAACAUGAAUCAAUAAUUCAGUUCACUCUAGAUGUAAUGUAAGGCUUUUGAUGUAGCUACUGUCUUUGAAUUUAAAUGUUAUAUUUUUAUUAGUAAAUGCAUAUAGGAUAUUUCUGUACUUUAUUUUUGAAAUAAUAUAUUUUUAAAGGUAUCGGCUCAGAACAGAAUAAUGUAUAAUAUGUUACACUUGAUAGGAGGUGGUGAUUAAAUUCUGCUUUUUCAAAAGAAUUUUCAUUUUUGGAUGAACUAUCCCUUUAAGAACUUCUGAUGUGUUUUAUAGGAAUAAAAUCUGUAAAUAAAUCCAAGCAAAUGUCGUAUUUGUCUUCC